AUGAUUGGCACCCAAGCGCAACAGCCGACACCGGGCGCAAAAGCUGGUCCUGAUGUCCAGGCUUCUGUAGAAGGCCAAUCUUCGAACUCGACAGAGCCGCCUUUGAUGGCAGGUGCUAAUGGCAGUUCAUCGCUGGGCAAGAAGCGUAAGAAGGAGGGAUUGAAGCCGAUAAUCACUACAGAAGGACCGUCGCCUACUGGGUAA